UUUGUGGUGAUGAAUCAUUUCAGCCCACGAACCUUUAUCAAAAGUUGCUAGGAAAUGCACACCCGUUGAAAGCCUUAUUGCAAAAGAAAGUCUAACACAUAUGCGCUUCACGCCAUUCACAGCUAGGCCCUGCAUGUCCGCCAUUACACUGUAGCAUUAGAAACGCAUUUGCGUCUCUACCAUAGAGAUAAGAUCUUUACUCAUGCAGACACGCAUGCCUAUGCAGAAAAUGCAGAAACGCAUAGUACACCUGCCUCCCCCCUGAGGAAAUGUUUCUAUUCAUUUCUAGAAUUUUUAAAUCAGCUCGUCUUUGAUGAUAGGGGAAAGUGGUCGCAAAGAGUUGGAAAUUCCAUCUGUUUCCGUCAGUUGAUUUCAUCUUUACACAAUUGCGUUGGUCUGAACCAGUUGAGAUAAAUCUUUUGGUACAAUGGGAGCAAAUCAAUCGAAUUUGAUCCCAAUGCCUGAUGGCUUUGACUACAUGGCCAUCACUUUUAGAGCAACUGAUCGCAUAAGAAUUAUAUAUCCAACAUAUGAAGAAGUGACUGGAAUUAGAGAAACAAUUAUGCAUCAUUGGCCAAAUGGAAUACAACAAGAAAUAAAUGUGCUUGCUAGUGCACAUGAAUUCAAACUCAGGGGCAACCCUUUUUGUGGACAUACAUCUCUUCAGGAAGCAAUAAACUUACGGAAACUCUGUUGUCAACUGCUGUUUAGAUUAUAUAAUUUGGGAUGCAAGUUGCUAAUUUCAAGUGACCUAGCACAAACAACAGACUUGGCAACAUGGAUUUUUCAUAGAGAGCAGACACAGCAGGCCCAGUUUCAUUUUGCUGCCAUUGGGGUAAGCAGCACUGACAAGUUACAGUUUGUAGAUUUUCCUGCCUCUAUGCAUCAGAUGUUUCAUUGUGUUGUUCAGAGGAACUGGCCAAAGAACAUACAAGAUGUUAUAGCCAUAAGUGAUGCUCUUGAAAUAAAGUUGAGUGGAAACCCUUGGAUGUCUGCAGGUGGAUCUGAAAAUGUUCAGUCGAAGACGCUUGUGAAGGCUCUCAUUAAUGAGCUUGAUGCACAAAGGUGGGUUCUUUAUGCCAGCAGCAAUUUGAAAGGAACAACAGAUACAUUGUUCUUCAGAUAUGAUCCAAACUUACCAACAGAUGGCUCAAGAAGACCUGCAUUUGCUAUAAGCUUAAGUGGGUAUGAUCGUCUGAGGCUAGUGGAUAGCCCUGAAGAAGUAGUCAAUUGUGUAAAGACCAUGUUGAUUCAAUUCUGGGCGGGUGGAAUUCAGGCAGAGAAUUAUCAUUUCAAUGCUUAUGAAUUCAAACUUGCUGGUUAUCCUUGGUGGUCAGAUGGCACAGAGGCAAUAUACCCAAGGUUACUUAUGUGCAAGAUUUUUGAAGCAUUGAUGAGGAUCGGCUGGAGGGUACAAAUGGCAAUUGACCUUUCAAGAGCAGUUGAUGACAAGAGUGUGCUUACUUUUCAAGCUGGGCCCCCAAUUGCGGCUCCCAUAUUUUGCCUUUCACUGAAUUACACUGACAGAAUAAGCAUCAUAAAUGCCCCAACAGAUACUGUACAGGCUAUAAGUAAUGAGAUAAGACGACUCUGGUUGUUUGGCAUACAAUGUGAACAGGCAAAUGGCCCCAGCAUUGAGUUACAACUGAAGGGAAAUCCAUGGAGGUACAGCUAUGAUGGUCAUGAUGGUGCUCAUGGUCGUGUUUUGUUGCUUCAUUUGUUAAAACUAUGUGCCAGUUUAGGUUGGUUUGUCAUUGUUUCAGCCGAUGUAUCUGCUAAGUAUCAUGUGGACAGAAGAGAUGAUCAUAGUACAACAAAAUACCCCCUUGAUGUCCACAGCUGGUGGUUCAUAAGAAUGGGAGGACAAGCAACUGCAGCUCCACAGACUCAAGCUUUUUCACAACAGCCAGAGGUAUUGGGAGCUCCUAUUGGUUUUGAAAGUGCUCCAACUAUUUCUUUAACUUCCAAAAACUAAUUCUUACAACAAGGACAAACUGAUUUUGUUUAACUGUUUUUGUAGCCCAAUAUCUAUUUAUCAUCAGCUUAUAUUUUAGUAAAUAGCACACACUAAAAAACUUUCAAAAUUUAGCUUGCAUUAAGGUUGAUGUCCUAUUUAGACUGUUGACCAAAUUGGAUGUGCAAAAAGGGGAGUGAAGAUAAGUGUUCACAUUUAAUUUGAUUUUUUAGCAGCACUAAUGUUGUAGAAAAAUGCUUUAAAAUACAAGUAAAGCUGAAGGAGUUGGGUUGUCCUAGGUGUUGUUUUAUCUAAAUGAAAGCUAAUACCUAUUUUGUACGAACUAUUUUUUGCUUUUUCCAGUUAACUUUUAAUAAUAAACCUCUAUUGCUAGGGGCUUGGGCACACCAGCACUUGAAUCGUGAUAUUUUUUAUGACAAACAUAAUCCCUAUUGGUCUCCAAUCUGCUAGUGUGCCCUGGAAAAUGUAUUCUUUCUGGCUUUGACAACUUUUGCAUCGUCCAUCAAAGAAUCUUCCGUUGAAACAUGACAAUGGGCAAUGCCCUGCUGUUUAUCCAAGUUGGAAAAGCCUUCCUUCAAUUUCAAAGUUUUGAGAAAGAUAAUCCAAUUGAACUAUGAUACAAGUGCACUCGGUAGGGGGGUCAUGGAAGUGACUUCAAAAGAAGGGGCUUAGCUGGCAAAUUUGCUGACAUCCAAAUUCUUAUUGAAAAGUGAUGACUUUAUCAUGGUGAUUCUCGGUUUUUCUAAAAUGCUGGGAAAAAAUUGCAGUUUAACAUCUGUUUUCAAAUUUUGUUUCAUAGCAAUCAUCAAUAAUCAGUACUUGUAAUUAAAAGUAAUGCACAAAAUAGGAUUUGUAACUAGUAUCAUAAAAAUCUAACAAAAUGAACUGGACGAUUUUCAGUUCAUCAAAAGUUUCCUUAGCAAUAGUGUGUCAGUAUGUUCCUAAAUUACUUCAUCAUAACUAAGGCUCAAACUUGGUUAUCAUUUUGGAAAAUUGAACCCCUCUUGGCUAACUUUUGACCGAAGGCUGUUUUUACAAACUUGAGCACUAAAAAGGUGAGCUCGUAUUUGGUAUAGCAAAUGGUAAGGUUGCAAUUAUCUUGCACAAAGUCUAAAGAUUUGGACUGGCAGACUGUAAAUUCGAUUUGCUCAUUGAUUUGACUAGCAUAACAAAACUCUCCAUGUCUAAUCUUUCUUUGCAAACUCUCACUUGUGCUGAUAAGUUUCUUUGAAAUUUGCAUAAUUUUCUAUUAGCAACCAAUAUUGGUCAGCCAAACAGAUACAAAAUUUCAAAAACAUUUAAGAAUGGUUUAUUCUAGUGGGGAGGUACCCCCUGCCCCCACCCUUAUUCUCCUGGCACCUUGGCUCUAAAAAUCCUGUGGUAAUUCUACCUAACAAGAGGUAUCUAUCAAGAGGGAUUUCGGUUACCAAGAAAGGGAUGUGAUAAAAAAAGAAAGAUUGCUUGUUCAAAAGUUUAAGACAAGUUUACUUGGAAAAGAAUUAACAUUUUUCGUGUUGCUGUCUCUUCUUCAGCUUCAGAAAUAUAAAAAUUUGAGCUUGAAAUGGCUUGAUUUACUGCCCAAUCUAUCUGCCACGUCCAAAACCUCUUCCUCCACCGCGAUCUAUGAAAGAUAAUGGAUUAAAAUAUGUAGAAAAUUUCAGUGAUAAAUUGCCUUAAAAUUGUAGUAAAUGUUAGGCUUUUCUAGCAUAAUUUCUUCCAAUGAAUGUAAAAUGUCAUCUGAAGAUGGCUCAGUGGUUAGGUUUGUGGACUACAGGGACCAAGGGUCCGUGAUUUGAGUCCUGCCAUUACCAAACUUAAACUGGGAGAAAGGAGAGUGACCAGCCCUCUCUAUUUUGAGGCAAAGGAAUAAUGUUGUUCUGUCAAAUUGAGAGGAAAGACCACCACACUACUCUGAGGCAUAGCUCCUCAGUGUCUUUGCUAGCUAAGGAGAGGUAUUGUGAAGUGUGAUGCACACAAUGAUUCAUAUGGCCCUACUAGCAUUUCUCUACCUGGAUCUAGCAGGAUUUUAAUAUUUGAAUUUCAAGCAGUAUUUUGGUGAGAGCCUCUGUCUAGAAUGGUUCUCAGUGGUAAAUGUUUCAUUGAUUCACUGCUUCACUGCUUCACCUUCUAAUGCUACUCAGUACACAUAAAUUUCCUCUUAUUUUCUUUGGGUUCGAAGGUGCUACUAGUUUUGUUUCAAAAUGAUUGUAGAUCACUGUAAUCACUGUGAAGGUUCACUGGUAAUUUACCCUAAUGCUAAAAAUAUUUGGAUGUCAAAAAUCCUACUAAAAAGGUUUCUCUGUUUCCUAGUCCUUGUUUUGAAGUGUACAAGCUUCCUAUCAAACAAAGAGCAGAAAAAGCUGACAAUGAAAAACAAGUUUGCCCCAAAAAUGCCCUGUAAACAUCCUGACAAUGAUUUCAUGUGAUUUCAUUUUGUAAUUUGCUAUUCUCUUUGCCAGGCCUGCUAAAGGGGGGGGGGCAAGGGACAAUUGUCCAUAAGCAAAGAAAGGCACUCUAGAUAGUUAACUGUCUUCAUUUGAAAUACGACUCUUUACAAAUAUAUUUACUGGUUAUUACAAAUCAUAUCUUUACUAGGAUAUAAAUUAAAGUAAAUAAAGAAAAAUCUAUCUAUGCAUCUUAAAUCUAUUUUAAACAAACUUUAGGUUUAUUGCUUUGGAUAGGAAGAGUGCUUUUGCAUGUAGCUCCAACAUAGAAACACCCCUAUAUGACAAGCCAUCCCCAGUGAGAAACUUCUGUGCCGGACAUAAUCAGGUUUUCCAAGGAAAGGAUGUUAUCAAACACUGACAAGCAGACAAUUUAGGUUUAGGUUUCAUUUUCAAACUAUAUCAUAUCCCUUGGAUUGUCAAAUCUCAAAUUAUAUCUUUAACUAGACCCUAGUCAACAUUGCACAGACUCCGAUCUAAAAAUCAAACAUAUUGAAUGCAAAUUUGGCUUGCUGGCUACAAUAUAAGAAAGACAGAAACUUACUGAAUCCACGCCCUCCACGGCUGAAACCUGUACCACGUGGUGUGAAGCCACCACGACCACCUCUUCCACCUCUACCACCUUUGAGAACAAAAUCAUAGAAAUUACAAAUUUCAUUUUUUUAAAAUUUAAAAAUCUCAUCUCAAUAAAACAAGCCAAGAUAAAAAUACUGGCAACUUACAGUCAACAGUCAAAAAGUAUUUGAUGGCAGACAGUGCAUCUAUAGCACAAAGCUAAUGGCUAAGCUUUCAGAUUUGGCUGUCAUAUUUGUGAGAUAAUGCGUUUAGCAAAAUUUAGAUGCAACAGACAAUAUAUAAAGCCAGAAAGGGAAUGCAGGGUCUGUGAAAUCUGAUUAAUACAUUAGCUAUAAAAGUAGCCUGCAUUAAACACUUAAUAGGUAGUCAAUACAUAUAUUAAGUUCCUCAGUGCUUUCUAACCAAAUUUAUUUACAGAUGGCACAACAUAGUGGAAACAUAGCAUACUGAAGUACUUUUACUCCAAGACUCUUCAUAAACAUAAGAUGAUGACAAUUUAUAGCUGAAAUUAAAAUAAAAUUAAACUGAAAAUUUAUAGCUAAAAACAAGAUAAGAGGAAGAAAGAUGCGUUUGAUUGGUUCUUCUGCUUUUUAAAAAAAAGUGACCACUAAACCUCUCAACUAGUUGAUGUGUCCAAGAAAGAUACGAAAUAUUCAAUAUCAACUUUAAUGGGACCCCUCAACUUCUUACCCUUUUGGAAAAUACAUUUUGAAAAAGAAAAAAUGUUUGUAUUACCUCUCCCACCUCUGGGUGUUCCUCCUCUUGGUGUUCCUCGACCGCCGCCUCGACCGCUGCCUCGACCAGCACCUACAAUAAUCAUUAACCAACAUGAGAUAUGAUAUAUUUACUACAAAAACUUUCACUCAUUUAAUGAAAAAUCUUAAACAAUGAAUAAAUAGUUUUUAUCAUUACAAUGCUCAUUUGAAAUUUAGGUUUAAAAUCUUAAUGCAAAAAGGAAGACAGCAACCAAGUUUGCAUUGAAUAUAUUUACACGUGGAAUCAAAAGAGCAAAAUAACACAUUGUUUGCACCUUUUUGAAAACAUAAUAAUUUGAUGUUUAAAAAAACCAUGAAUUGAUGCUUUCAGGUGUGACUAUCAGCUAGGUUUAAAAAAAGAAUGGUUACCUGAAAGACUUAACAUCCUAAAACUACUAACCUUUUGGACCUGGUAGGAAUCUUGAUAAAGGCAGGAGCUUGUAUGGAUCAAUGUAGAACUAGGGGUAAACACAAACAGAAAUUUGUCUUUGUAAGGAUUGGGUGAUAAAAGUAUGAAAAGAUUGAAUCUUGAAAGAUUAUGGCCUAAUUCUGCUUCAAAUCAAGAUUGAACUGUUCUAGGUUUUUUAAGAAACUGUAUGACAUAACAAUGCAAACUUUCUUGGGUACUUAAAGAAAAAUAGAGAGAGAAGAUGAUUCCCUUUCUUUUCUUUCAUCAUUGACUAUAGUCUCAUUUGAUUGUUCAUAUAAUUGGUAAAGGUUGGGUCUAGUAAAUCCAUGAUCAAAUCAAUGAAUCAAGCCUCAUCAGAAACACUCGCAUAGGUUUUUCUUUAGGAAAAUAAAUCACUAUUAAACACACUAAUGGUUCCAGGGUAUAAUCUUUAUGCUCAUUCAUUGAAAUUUUAGCAGUGAAAUUGAAAAUCUGUUGCAUAGAGUAAAAAAAGUUUAGUACCUUGUUUAGAACAUUCAGAUAAAUGUCCUAGUGAAAUCAUGGUGAUUGAGUCAGAACAUUAAAAAUGAUUUAUUGAUUAACCUAAUGAUAACUAUGUAAUAAGUCAGGGUAGAGCUCCAGACUUCAAAAAUUGGGGAAGAAACUUCUUCAGCUAUCUGUAAUAAAUGAGUAUACACACUUCUGAAAAUGGCACAAAAUCUUACCUUUUGAGCACUUUUAAAUGAGGAUGCAUGCAUAUUUUCUGAAAGUUUUACUGAAAAAUAGUGUUUUCAGUCAAGGAACAUAUCUUAUCAACUAGAUCUAAAAUAAAUUACUGACUGAAAUUAUCCAUGCUAAGAAUCACAGAAUCAGUCAAUAGGCUCAUUGUCCUUAAAAUUUUUUUGGGUAACAGUUACAUUAAGAUGAGUCUGAGUAAACAAUCAUCUAGAAAGAUCACAGCUUUGUGGGUAAUGAUUUUUCAUUAAAGAAACUUUCUUGCUUGUUGAAUGUAGAAACUGGCCUAUAAGUUACAACAAAAGACCUUUAAAUAAUGCACAUUAGAAAAGGAUAUGAAGUCUGUCAUUGGUCCAAAUAUUUCAUCGACUUUUCCGAUUUGUGAUUUGUUUUCAAGGUAGAUUGGUGCAUUGAAGUAAGGAACACUUUCAUUUGUGCAUUUACAGACCAGUUCAUUCUCACAAGGAUGCAGAAAAUGUCCAAUUUC